CUGCCCAUAUUAGGUACCUACUGAACAACAGGUAAUGCGAAGUCCUGGAUAUUCACACACAUCCAGGCCUCAUCAGUGUAGCUCCAGACGCGGAAGCCCAACUGACUCCAAUGCUUCGCCAGCUUCUCGCCCGUUUCCUCGUGACCGCACUCGAGCUGUCCAACUCCUCCUGGCUCCAGCAUCAGAACACUGUUCUCCGGCAGCUUUAGCUGUGCCACAGCCUGACUGAGAGCCUGCAGUCCGAGUCCGUGGCCGCGAGAACUCUUGUCGAGAACCACUUCCUCGAUAUACACAAUCUCGUCUGCCUCGCCAAUGGCCACGGCAGCUUCUGCGAAGAAGCUUUCGUUCGCAAGAAAGUUCUCAAUCUUGUUCAGUUUGCCGCCGAAAUGCAUGCUAUCGUAGGACUGACAUUGACGCCACAUUUCUCCCGUUCCAGCUGGUUUCAUAUCGACGACACUAAGCCUAUAGAGCUUGAUCUGGCCGGUCACGACAUGAUUAUGGUGGAUUGCUGCCACGUAUGCAGACAAGCUGGGAUGUUCGCAGCCUUCUCCUUCGCUCAGGUCGCAUGUGAUCCGGCGGACGGAGACUGAUAUGCAUCCCGGACGUUUCUGCUUCUCGACGGGAGACCGCAUUGUGCCUCUCCUCUCAUGCGCCUCGGUGGCUGGGCGGUGGGUGCCCUUAUCAGAGUCCAAUGCUGUUAUUGAGAGUUUGUCGAUUCCCAAGAAGUCUUUGUGCAGUAACCGGUACAGCUGACAAACGAUUAUGGUCCGAUGAGCACUGAGAGCAAGCCCAGUUGCGACACGGAGUGGCAUCGGGAGCUUUUGGAAGUCAGCUUGUUUGCUUCACUCAAGACCACAAAUUUGACCAGUGUCAGUAGCAGACGCUGGUUGCACGUUGCAGCAUAGUCUGGCGAACAACGCUUUGCAGGAUAUCGGAAACGGAAAGGAGCAGAAAAGAGGGUGCCAUGUCGUAGUGAAGUCACUACGGGAUGAACUCGCAGCUUCAUCACACUCUAGUCCCGUUCUCAUUUGGGCAGCGUAUAGUGAGAUCCCGUGUUGCGCAAUGGCGACGGGGCCAUCUCCAAUUUGUUGUGGCUGACACUCAAGAGAAGCGGAGCGAAGACCGCACAAAGAUGCUACUCAAGUCGAACCAUGACACUGGAACACGAGCUACGACAUUCGACCACAUAGCACAUGUCAGGCGGGUCAGCGCGACACUAUCGCUGGUCUUACGACGUGAAGAGAGACGACGGGGUACACGAGGCCAUGCGGGAAUUACAUGGACCACAGGCUUCCUUCGAGGACACCGUGUAAAGUCUGAGGCAUCUCACCCGGUCCAUGCUCCCUGUUACUUCCGUCCUCGCUAAGUAUGACCAUGUACGGACGUCUCUUGUGGCUGAUCUCAAUCGUCAUGACGAUGCGUUCUUGCUGCAGGCUACCAGAAGGCGUACAUGCCGCCGCCCCGGAUUGUGCUUGUCUGGGAUCUGUGCGCUGUGUCGGGAUAUGAAGAAAGUGGAGCGCUUUGUGGUGGCAGACUGUACUGCCUCAGAUGUUCAUCUCGCUUUUUUGUCGGCAUGAUGAUCAUCUUCAUCCUCACUCAUUGAUGGCUUCCUCGUUGACAAAGUCCUCGGCAUCGAAGAGGCGCGAUCAGGUCACGGUCGCCUGUGACAGAUGCAGAAGCAAGAAAACAAAGUGCGAUGGCACGAGGCCAAUCUGUUCAUCAUGUGCUCGCCGGAGGACGUUAUGUGUCUGGGAUUCGGAGCGAGAUCCCGAUGCCACGCCAAUUACAGCUGUCAAGAGGAAAUUGGAGCAGAUUCAGCCCCAGCUCUUACAAUACCAAGCACUAUUCUCCCUUAUGAGAGAAAGCUCAGAUGCUGAAGCCUUGCGUGUGCUUUCAGCGGUACGCUCAGGGAGUGACAUCGAGUCAGCGCUCCAAGCUGUUCGCUUCCAAGUAUCGCCAGAACGCUUAGAGAUCAGUGCAGGAAGGCAAACAGGGCAUCCUCCAAAGAAGUGUCACGGGUCUAGGUCAGAUUCGCGGCACAGCGAGAGAGUGGCACAGAUGGACGGAGGCGACAAACAGCCGUAUCUGAGGCGUGUCGCCAGCCAGGAGACCGCUCCCGAGUCGAAGUGCAGACGGCAUCUGUCAGCUCCAUGGCAGGAUGGCACGUUUUCCGACUACGAUCCCAGAAUCCAAGCGGCGCAUAGCAAUGACUGGGGGCUGACAUAUCUCGAUGAUGAGACCUUUCGGAACAUCAUACGGUGCUUUCUGACUUGGGAUCACCCAAGCUUCACAUUUUUCGAUGAAGAUCUCUUCCUGGAUCAGCUUGCCAAGGGUCAGCCAUCAGAGCUGUGUAGCUCAUUGCUGAUCCACGCGAUGAUGGCGCUCGGGAGUCGCAACUUCUACUUUCUUGAGCCCGACAAAGCUGCCAUAGCCGAGCACUUUGGUUUAGCAGCAGCAACUCAGCAAUGGGAUAUGUGCCACGACGAUGCGAUUCCAGCGGUGAUCAUUGCUGGGAUGUUAUUGUUCCUGGUAUAUCAGUUCAAAGGACAAGACAAAUUUGGCUGGCCUUACCUGGCUCAAGCUGAGCAGCUGGCACGAGUACUUGGCUUUUUUCGCCCUGCAAUGGCACACAAAACCUUCGAUCGAAGCGCGCAGCAUGCUGUGCGUACUAGAGGGCGACAAGCUGUAGCUUGGGGUAUAUUUGAUUACAGAGCAUACUUGUCACUCAUCAACGAUUUGCAGCCUAUGACUGAUUGUCCAGCAAUACCCAUCAUGGCGGAGCCUGAGUCGGAAGCAGACGAUAUCUGGGCUGCGUGGCCUUGGCCAGGAACAUGCCGUCAAUUCCCAGGGCAGCUGCAGUACGCACGAUCUACUCUGUCCCUGAUUGUAGCCGACAUCAUGCCAGUACAUCGCAGACAUGAAACCAACAACGUGACCAAAGCGCAUCAUGAUGCUGCUCUGGCCAUCUAUGAGCGUCUUCGCAAGUGGUACCAUGAGCUGCGCCAGCCCCUGAAGAGCCUUCGAGUCUCCACUCCUCAGCUUAUCGGCCUUCACAACUACUACCAGCUGGCACUGAUGCAAUUGUUUAGCCCCUUUGUGCUCGAGCCAGACGGCCCCACCAGCUUUCUGCCCUCCAGCAAGCCGCUCCGAGAAGCCGGUCUGCCGGAUGAGCUGAUGACCGCGACGUACUUUGCGGCUUUGGAGCAGCUCAAGACGAACAUCUUCCACUUCGAUCGACAGUGGUCACCCCAGUGUACACCGUCUCAGAACCUCGCGCCGCUGGUGCACGUCUGUUUGGCGGCAUUGCCUGUUCUGCACUCCGACCUGGACGCCCGGUAUAUCUUCUCUCUGGGACUGUUGCUGUGUCUACGGGCCGCCCAGUCGUUCGUCAUAUGCCGAGCAAUUCUGAGAAGCAUACAAGCGACCGCUGUGCGCAAAGGUGUGGUUCUCCCUGCGCUUGCGCACAGAGUCUUCGCCCGCCUCGACCACGCUUUUCCGGCCCUGCCCCAUCUGGACAAAGUGCGCUCGACGUUCAUCGUAGACACAAGGCUGAGACACACCGAUGUAGAAGCGUCAACCCUCGAGACUUUGGUGAAGGACAUGGUAGGGCUGCAUGUCAGUUGAGAGAUCGACCUGUGCAGGGCGAGAGAAAAGGCACAAUCCACAGUGGGGACCAUUGCUCGAGGUGACCAGAUGCAUCUCCCAUCGUAUCGUGCGACGUGCGCAUUCUACCGCUCGACGCGCUGGCAGCAGUGUGUAUCUCUACGGCAUGAGUCUGGCGCGAGUACCCACCAGUCACCCUCACCUUCGUGGACAAGUCGGCAGCCUUCGAAGUUGUCCCCGAUCAACAGAGGUAUGUGGAGAGCGCUCCUGAGCCAUGCUUUCCAAGGCCUACUGGUCAGGCAGACCGCGGUCUCUGCAACCGGACGAGAAUCGGGGUCUAGGGCGUACGAGGAGGAGGAGGAGGCAGAUGCGGCAUAGGAGCAAGAAUCUCAUGACCUGUCAUAAUUCAACGGGGCAGCCAUGUUUGAGGGUUCGUUCGUAGAAGGAGUAUGGUGAUGAUACAAUUGCGAUUGGUGAGCUUUCUGGUAUUCGUUGAAUCUGGCCUCUUUGUUAGAGUUGUAUAGUUUUUUUUUAGCGGUGUCAAAACCUGG